AUGUGCCGUGUCAAGGACGCCGAUUUGUCCUACGACUCGCUGACGAGCCGUGUAACCCGCAGCGAGUUGCUUUCCCUCAGGAGCAGCGACCCCGCUCUCUACUCCGAGCUCACCGGCACCACGUCAGCAAACGAGACCCCCUCGGACUCGAAGACUUACACCGAGGAUGAAGAGGUAGACAGCGAGUUCGAGGACGACAGCGACAUCCCGAUCUCUGCUGUGGUAAAGGCUAUCUCGGGCUCUUCUGAGCCCAUCAAUGGUGUGCAGUCUAACGAGGACGGGUCGCUGAGCUGUAACACGCUCUCCGAAAGUCUUGAUGACGAGGAUGGUGAAGAAGCCUCUGCUUCGGCCGGAGCAUUUCCCUCUUCUGAGGCAUCGACAUCCACUAGCACCCACACACGCCCUGUCCGUAUGGGAACACAGAAGCAGGCGGGUUUCUAUGCUAUGGAGCAAUUUUCGUGGAGGAAAUGA